UCAUUCUUCGUCCAACCAUCUGUUACAAGGGAAACUGCGCCAACGUCAACAAAAACACCGGAUAAGGUUUCAGUAGUCGGAACUUAGAAGUUCAACCACGAUCUUUAUUUGUUUGCAGAAUGACUAAAAUAGUUUUAGUUACUGGUGGAACUGGACUAGUUGGAAGGGCCAUCGAAGCUGUAAUCGACGAAGAGAAGCCAACAAACGAACGAUGGAUCUUUGUCGGAUCCAAGGAUGCGGAUCUAACAGAUCUCCAAUCGACGCGUUCCAUGUUCGACAAAUACAAACCAACCCACGUGAUACAUUUGGCUGCGAUGGUUGGUGGAUUGUUCCAUAAUAUGAACAAUAAUUUGGACUUUCUGCGAAAAAAUAUGCAAAUUAAUGACAAUGUUCUGUUGUUAAGUCACGAGUUUAAUGUACAGAAAGUUGUCUCCUGUUUAUCAACCUGCAUCUUUCCGGACAAAACCAGUUACCCAAUCGAUGAAACAAUGAUUCAUAAUGGACCGCCCCAUGAAUCGAACUUUGGUUACAGUUACGCUAAACGCAUGAUUGAUAUCACUAACCGUGCCUACAAUGAACAGUAUGGUAGCAUGUUUACUUCCGUUGUUCCUUGUAACGUCUUUGGGCCCUUCGAUAAUUUCACUCCUGGUGUGAGUCAUGUAAUUCCCGGAAUGAUCCACCGGCUGCACGAAACAAUGUAUUCGAAAGAACCAGAGAAAGCGCAGGAAGAGAAAACCUUCGCAGUUUAUGGUACGGGUAAGCCUCUGCGGCAGUUCAUAUACUCCAAAGAUCUAGCGAAGUUAUUUAUUUGGGUGCUGCGGAGCUAUCAAAGUGUCGAACCUAUCAUUCUCUCGGUGGACGAAACGGCGGAAGUGACGAUAGCACAUUUGGCGGAAUCCUUAGUGCGGGCGUUUGAAUUUAGAGGAAAGCUAGAGUUUGAUACCAGCAAGGCAGACGGACAGUAUAAGAAGACGGCUUCCAAUGCAAAACUAAGGAAACUGUUGCCGGAUUUUCAAUUCAUCGAUUUUGAUUCGGCUAUAAGAGAAACCGUACAGUGGUACAUCGAAAACUACGACAAGGCGCGAAAAUAAAUAUAUACUGCGAUUAUUCUAAAAAAUUACGUAAGCCAGGUCUGGAUGGGUUGUGGCUAGUUUACACGAUUAUAGAUCCGUAUCAGUUUGAGCGAAACAAACGAUUUGACGUCUAAUUUGGACUUGACCAAAUAUAUGAAAAAAACAUAUCAUUUUUGGCUCUAGAUAAUCGAUAAAUUUUCUUCGUGCUGAAUAUAAAGUUUUUUGUGACAAAGAAGCUAUUUGGUAAGAUCAGAAGUCAGUCAGCUAAGAAAAGGUAUUCAUUCUACGUGCUUAAAGUAUUAAGUAUAAUAGUGGAUGUCCUUUAUGGAAUUGUCCAGUGAGAAGCAUACCUUCUAAAAAAUGGGACAAAAUCGUUCAAUAUAAGUCCCAUGUCAAACGUGAAUCGUUGAGCAUUGGACGUAACGUCUAACGAAUGACGUUCGUUGAAUGAUUUUUUCUUAAAGGGUGGAGUAAAUAACGAAGGCGAUGCAGGCGUAAACGACAACGUGAUACUGACGAUAACGCCUACAUCGCCCGUGAUGAUAUACGCAUUUCCGCAAUGCAGCCAGCUACAAUACAGGGUGAGGAAAAAUUUAUGAUUAUGUUAUAAAGGUAAUAAUUGAUUGUGCAUGAAAUGACAUAUAUAUGAGAAAUGCAGGUGU